GAAAAAAAUCAAAAAUCCAAAUAUCAUAUAUAUGUUCUCACUGAAGAGUGAAAACAGUUCGGUUGCGUUUUAAGGAAGGCGGCAGACAGAGAGACAAGGGAAUUUGGUUGAUUGCUUUGUUGCUGGGGAUCCGGAAAUGGAGGGAUCGAGUCCGAAAUCGCCGUUGCUGGCGAAGGAGGGGGGUCGGGUGGGGAGUCGACGCGCUCUACUCAGCCGCCGGUACUCGGUGAACUCACUGAGGAGCGAGUUUGUGACAAGGCUGCCUGACAAGGUCCGGUCUGGCCUCGACCUCGAGUCGACCACCUUCGACCUCGAUCUUUCCAGAACCAAAGGCUUAACCAAAGGAGAGAAGGAGUACUACGAGAGACAAUUCGAGACCUUGAAGUCCUUUGAGGAAGUGGAUACUUUGGUGACACCCGCGAUCAACGGAGAUGAUGAGAACCUCCUGGAGGAGGAGGAGAAGAAGGAACAGUCUCAACAUGAAAGAGCUAUGCGAAUAUCUAAUUAUGCAAAUGUUGUGCUUCUCGCAUUGAAGAUCUAUGCUACAAUAAAGAGUGGAUCCAUAGCCAUUGCCGCAUCAACACUAGAUUCUUUACUUGAUCUCAUGGCAGGUUUCAUACUUUGGUUCACGCAUAUGUCAAUGAAGAACAUAAAUAUCUAUAAAUACCCUAUAGGAAAGUUGAGGAUGCAGCCUGUAGGCAUAAUCGUCUUUGCUGCUAUCAUGGCUACACUCGGCUUUCAGAUAUUGCUCCAGGCUGUAGAACAACUAAUUGAAGACAGCCCUACUGAAGAUUUGUCCUCAAAUCAAUUGAUAUGGUUAUGCGCAAUCAUGAUAUCUGCUACUGUGGUGAAACUUGCCCUCUGGUUGUACUGUAGAAGCUCAGUAAAUGAGAUUGUCCGGGCAUAUGCAAAGGAUCACUUUUUCGACGUGGUAACAAAUGUAGUUGGACUAGCUGCUGCUCUUCUUGGUGAUAUAUUCUACUGGUGGAUUGACCCUACUGGUGCUAUCCUCCUUGCGCUGUACACUAUUUCAAAUUGGUCUAAAACUGUAAUGGAAAAUGCAGUUACGCUUGUGGGACAGUCUGCACCUCCUGAAUUCUUGCAGAAACUGACAUAUCUUGUCAUAAGGCACCCUCAAGUCAAGCGCAUUGACACUGUCCGUGCUUACACUUUUGGUGUUCUUUAUUUUGUCGAGGUUGAUAUUGAACUUCCAGAAGAUUUACCCUUAAAAGAUGCACACGCCAUUGGAGAGGCCUUGCAGGAUAAGCUAGAGAAACUUCCGGAAGUUGAGCGGGCAUUUGUUCACCUUGAUUUUGAGUGUACACACAAACCGGAGCACUCUGUUCUCAUCAGACUGCCCGACAGUCAGCCUUGAAUUUUUGAUCCCCAGUUCCACAUAAGAGUAUUUUGUUUGUUCACCUUGAUUUUGAAUGUUAACCCAUUUUGACUUGUAAUGGAUGCAUGCCCUGGUACACAUUUACGGUGGGUAUAAAUUUGAAUCAAUGGGCUUAUAACCUAGUUAUUAUUAAAAGUUUUUAGGAUAAGUAGUGAUUUAACAUUGUAUUAAAGUUGUGGUCCCGAAGUCGAACCUUAACUCUACAAUUUUUAAAUUAUUAAAUUUUUUAUUUUUUAUC